GGCGAGACUCUGCACACUGACCGCAUGUACUGUGUGACGUAAUACUCGUUCCAAAGGUCGACACGCAGGAAACACUUUAACACUUGUUAUGCACCUUUGUGCAGGUGAACACUCGCGGAGGAGAAACAUUAGUGCUCAUUAAUAUCACAGCUUUGUGUGCUGCAGGUGAGACGCAGGUGUGCAGGAUGAAGCGUGUGCGGGUGGUGGUGGUGGGAGCGGGCGUGGUGGGCUUCUCCACCGCCGUGUGCAUCGCGGAGGCUCUGCCCCCCUGCAGCGUCACCCUGCUGGGGGACAGGUUCAGUCCCGACACCACCAGCGACGGAGCUGCUGGCUUGAUGUUCACUGCUCAGUUCCCAGAUGUUCCUCUGGAGACGCAGAGACGCUGGUUUCAGUUGAGCUUCGAUCACCUGCUGCACAUCGCUCAGUCUGAAGUGGCUCCUGAGGCCGGGGUCAUGCUGAGCUCGGGCUGGCAGAUCUUCAGGGACGUCCCGGCCGAGCAGAAACCCUUCUGGUCAGACUUUGUGAUCGGCUUCCGCUUCAUGAGCGACGGGGAGCUGAAAAGGUUUCCGGAUCACAAGUUCGGCCACGCGUUCACGACCAUCAAGUGUGAAUGUAGCAGCUACCUGCCCUGGCUGGAGAAGAGGUUCAGGAAAGCUGGAGGUUGGGUGGAGCAGAGGAGGGUGGAGAGCCUUCAGGAGUUAAGCAGCAGCUACGACAUCAUCGUGAACUGCUCCGGUCUGGGCUCCAGAGAGCUGGCGAGUGACGAGGCGGUGCAGCCCGUCAGAGGUCAGGUCCUGAAGAUGAAGGCGCCAUGGCUGAAGCACUUCAUCAGAGACGGGGACGGGAUGACCUACAUCUACCCCGGCAUACACAGCGUCAUUGUGGGCGGCACGAGGCAGGAAGGGGACUGGCGCCUCCAGGUGGACGAAGGCGACACGCGGAGCAUCCUGGAGCGCUGCAGCCGGCUGGAGCCGUCGCUGCGCAGGGCGCGAGUCCUGAGCCAGUGGGUCGGGCUGCGGCCGAGCAGGAGGAACCCGAGGGUGGAGCGGGAGCUGCUGCAGCUGCAGGGACGCAGCAUGCCCGUGGUGCACAACUACGGCCACGGAGGGGUGGGGGUCACACUCGCCUGGGGCACCGCCCUGGACGCCUUGGGGCUGGUCCGGCAGAGCCUCCAUGAGAUGCAACGACAGGCUAAACUGUGAAGUCUGUAACUAAAUCCUGCUUUUACUGCUGAUAACACCCGUCUUUAAAUAAUAAAUGAGAUUUAAAUCAUCGAUAGACAACUAAUCAAAACGUAAAUCUUAAGAAUUUACAAGUUUGACAUUUUAAACAGUGUGUAUAUAAGGAAAUCAUUUAUGUCAUGGGUUUGUAGAGUAUAAGACAGUGAGCCGGCCCUCAGUUAAAGCUUGGGAAGAGCGGGCCCAUAGUUAAAGCUUGAGAAGAGCCGGGCCCUUAGUUAAAGCUUGGGAAGAGCCGGCUCUUAGUUAAAGCUUGGGAAGAGCUGGCCCAUAGUUAAAGAUUGGGAAGAGCCGACCCAUAGUUAAAGCUUGGGAAGAGCUGGCCCUUAGUUAAAGCUUGGGAAGAGCUGACCCUUAGUUAAAGCUUGGGAAGAGCUGGCCCUUAGUUAAAGCUUGGGAAGAGCGGGCCCUUAGUUAAAGCUUGGGAAGAGCUGGCCCUUAGUUAAAGCUUGGGAAGAGCUGACCCUUAGUUAAAGCUUGGGAAGAGCUGGCCCUUAGUUAAAGCUUGGGAAGAGCUGGCCCUUAGUUCAAGCUUGGGAAGAGCCAGGCCCUUAGUUUACUUGCUUACUUUUGCACAGAUCCUGGAUGCCUUUGGGAUCAUGAUUAUGUCAUUUGAUUAAAUAAACACUCAACAGACAGGAAUAAGUUUGACAAAAGUUCAGACUUCAUCAAAUACAUAAAGUUCUGACCUAACGUAUUCAUUAGUUUGUGACUGUAAUAAGAGUAAAAUUCAACAAAACUAACAAUUUUAAUAAUAUAUUUUACUUAACUGUUGACAGGUUUUGUGAUGUCAUAAUAAAUACUACUUUUUAAAUUUCUACUAUUUGAUGGCAACAGUUGCAGAGAGACGAAGAAACACUUGAAAGUAGAAAGUGAUGAAUGACAAGAGAAAGCUUUAUUAAUGAACAGAAUAAUAUGUACAUGAUUUACUGAUGUCAAAUAAUAAACAACUCAUGUUCUUUAAAAUGCUGGAAAUUAAACUUUGUCAAGACAAAUGAAA